AUGGGAUCAGGAAAGCAAAGGCUUGAAUUAAACUUAGCAAAGGGUGCCAAGAAGAACAAGAAAGGCUUUUACAAGUACAUCAACCAGAAAAGGAAAGUUCAGGAGAGCGUACCCCUAGCGAGUGACACAGGCAAGCUGGUAACAACAGACAAGGAGAAGGAACUUAAUUGGUUUUGUACAAAUGCUUAUAAUACUGCAUUGUAUGUUCACUGCAGGAAGAAAGCUCAACUGAAGAAGAAAAGAGGUGUCACAACUAUUAAUGAGCAGAUGUUAUUUCAUGGCACCAGUAAUGAAUUUGUAGAAGCAAUAUGUAUUCAUAACUUUGACUGGAGAAUAAAUGGGAUGCAUGCUGCUGUAUAUGGAAAAGGGACCUACUUUGCAAGAGAUGCAUCAUAUUCCAGUCGUUUCUGCAAAGAGGAUAUGAAGCAUGGAGAUACUUUCCAAAUUCAUGGUGUGAAUCUGCAGCCUCAUCUGCACAAACCAGAUAAAGUCAUGUUUCUUGCUCGUGUAUUAACUGGCGACUAUAUCAAUGGUGAUUCAAAAUACAUGAGGCCUCCUUCAAGAGAUGGAAGUUUUGUGAACUUGUAUGACAGCUGUGUGGAUAAUACUUGGAACCCAAAGAUAUUUGUUAUCUUUGACGCCAACCAAAUCUAUCCUGAGUACUUAAUAGAAUUCUGUUAG